UGUCAAUGUCACUGUCACAGCUAUCCUAAUGCUACAAAGUACAAAUCGUAUGGUAAAAACUAGGGAAAUAAUAAUAUUUUGACUAUUAUAAUAUGUUUUAAAUGUGGUUUUAAAACUGUUAUAGUGUGUACAAUUCGAUAUUUAAUAGUUCAUUUUCAUUCCAAAAAGUAUAGCUAUUGGGAUUUUUUAUUAAAAUGGUUCAUUCACAAUUUUCGCUAUCAUGGGAUUCCCACAAGGCAAAUAUUUGUGGGGGAUUUUGUGCUUUACAACAGAAUGGAGAGUUUGUCGAUAUGACCUUAGCCGCUGAUGGUCAUUUUGUUAAAGUUCAUCAAGUAUUAAUGGCACUUUCGAGUCCAUAUUUGAAAGAGUUGAUUACUUCGGCACCAUGUCCACAUCCUGUGAUUUUUCUGAACAAUGUUUCGCAAUCUACACUUACACUUUUGUUGGAAUAUAUCUAUACUGGGGAAGUACUUGUUCCUCCCGGUAAUUUGACAUCAUUUAUGGAAGCUGCUAAAUCGUUACAUAUAAGAGGGCUUGAGUCGGUUCAAAGUGAGACAAAAACCAUACACAGUAAAAUAGCACCAACACAAAAGGACACAGAACAUGAAGACAGCUCUAAUAGCAAGAAGAGAAAAUCUAGCGAUGUUUUAGAGCAGGCAUUAAAUUUACCACCUACGGCAAGAAAGAUAUCUAUCAAACCAAGUGCAACUACUCCUAUCAUAAAAAAGACCGUCAGUCUUGCAAUUGAGAGAGAGAAUGACAACGACAAUGACAAUGAUUAUUCCAUGGAUUUUGAUACAAAUGAUUCCGAUAAUGCUGAUGUAUCACAAGAUUCUAACAAGGCCAUAGAUAAUGCAGUGACAUCAACAAAUCUCCAAUUCACGGUGUCCAUACGGGGCUCUCUGCAAGUGAUUUUGAACCGAUUCAUGUACAACCUGCAGUCGACACAGAGCUCGGGCGUCAAGCGCUGGCGGUGUAUCGACUAUCGCAACAUUCGGUGUAUGGCGUUCCUCGUCACUAAGGGCAAUGUUGUUUUGAACAGAGGCAAUCCGCACUGUCAUUCGUUCCACGACAAGAAAAUCUUGGCGAAACUGGAAAAGAACGGCGUAUAUUCAGCUCUUUACGAAUUAGAAGCUCACCAACAGAAAGAAAGGGAAAAACAAAUGCAAGAACAGUCGAAUCUCACCAUGGAAUCUCCAAAUGAUAACGAUUUGCCAGAAAUGUCGGAUAGUUCUAAAUCUAAUAAUUUUUACAUUGAUAAGUUCCGUGUAGAGCGCGGCUGGUGGAAGACGUAUAAUUAUAUUUUUAAAUGUUUAUAUAUAGUGAACGUAAAAAUGUUUAAUAUAAAAACACUCAUUCUCUUGGUAUUAACACAUUCAGUUUUGUGUAAAUCUCUCUUCAGUCAUAAUAAUUCAAAUUCACAACAUGACUAUGAAAAGGACCCAGCUGUGCAUAGGUUACGAGAAUACAUUCGUAUCGACACCAGCAAGAGUAAAAAUUAUGAAUUAGUGGUAGAGUUUUGGAAAAGAUUGGCUUCAGAAAUUGGAUUACCAAUAGCAAUUUAUAGACCAGCAAGUUUCCCAGUAUGUAUCAUAACCUGGGUAGGGAAGCGACCGGAUUUGCCCAGUAUUUUAUUAAACACACAUUCUGAUGUUGUCGACGCUUACGAAGAUCUAUGGACCAAUCCUCCCUUUGAAGCUGUUAUUGUGGACGGAAAUGUGUAUGGACGAGGUGCACAAGACACAAAAAGUCUUGCAAUUCAACACUUCGAGGCAAUUCGUAGACUCAAGUUUAAUAAUGUUACCUUGGAUAGAACUAUUCACAUAUCUAUAAUGCCAGAUGAAGAAGUCGGAGGGUUUCGUGGAAUAAAAGAAUUUGUUAAAACAGAUUUCUUCAAGAGAUUAAACGUUGGCUUUGCAUUAGAUGAAGGACUUACAAAUCAAGACAACUUGUUCCUUGCUACGUAUCAAGAUAGACGACCUUGGCAAAUCAACAUGACUAUAUAUGGUCAAGGAGGCCAUGGUUCACAAGUAAAACAGAACAAUGUUAUUGAAAAGCUUCAAGGUCUAUUGAAUUCGGUGAUGACUUUUCGAAGUGAACAACAAAAAAAAAUUACAAGUAGCCCUUUCGAUUUGGGAGCAUCAACUUCGGUUAAUGUUAACAUUAUUCAGACCGGCAUUGCAACUAACAUAAUUCCUAAUGUAAUGACUGUUGUAAUAGAUAUGAGAUUGGCCACCGACGCAAAUGUUACUGAUAUUGACGAUAUGGUGAAUUCUUGGCGAGAGGCAGCAGGGGCGCUGACCAAAAUUGAAUACAUUCGUCGCGAUGAAGUGUCGCCUGCAACUGCUGUGGAUGACUCUAACCCGUAUUGGCUCGCCAUGCUGGAUGCUGCUGAGGAAUUAAAUAUAAAAAUUCUGCCUGUCGUCUGUCCAGCUACAUCAGACAUGCUAGUGCUACGGAAACUUGGCAUUCCCGCUCUUGGGUUUGCUCCGAAUGUCAACAUGGCCAUGCGGUUCCAUAACAACGACGAAUACAUGCCGAUCGAUACAUUCUUAAAUGGCAUUAAUAUAAUUACAACAAUUGUACACAAAUUAGGCAACAUAUCUGGCGCGUAGCACUUUCUGUUUUAAGAAGUAGGUAAGGUUCUAAUAAUUGUAAAUGUGGAGGUGGGAUUUUUUCGAAAUAAAUUGGUAUCUCAAUUAAA